UGACUUAAUAAAUAUACUUAAACAUAUACAAACAUUUCCUAAGUAAAAGCACUGAAAAAAUUCGUUGUUCCUAGUUUUCCAGAAUGGAUAUUUUGUGCGUCGAUGGCUUUAGCUAUAAUGAGCCCUCCUCCAGCUCCCAUUUUAUAAAAACACCGAAUCAAAAUAUAGUCGUUCAAGGAAUCGGACCAGGAAAUGCGCUGCCAAUAGCCAAUAUACCCAGCAUUUCCAGUUUUAUCAACGCGUGCAACAAGCCCAUCUGCGAUGAUGCGGACUUACAGUGCAUCGUUGAUCUGGUCGAAGCCACUGUCUGCGAAGCGCUGGCCAUAAUCAAGUCCGAUCCACGCGGUUUGUUUGUCUACAAAUUCCCAAAACGACAGAAAAUGUCUUCCGUCAGCUUAGUGUCCACAGCCUUGACCGACAUUGUGGUGGCCAAUGGAGAGGACGACGACUCGAUUAAAAACCCUACAAAUUACACGGCAUACCUCGGCGCUUCAGCGGACUCUGCAUCCAGUGGCUUGGCGCGCAAAAUGCUGACCAUCGGGGAUUUCGAGUAUUCAAAUGCCAUUGCCGACAUAAGGGACUUUGUUAGCCGGUGGGAACUUUCGCCUGACACCAAGUGUGUGGUGAUCAGCAAUCCGAUUCGACAUGAGGUUCCCAUUAAGGGAACCAUUCUCUUUGUGGAUGCCCAUUUCUCCCGGCCGACCGCCCGGUGUCCAAAUCCGCUGGCUGUUGCCAAGGUGCGAUUCAUCGUCAGUGUGUCCAAGCUACUGCUGACACAUUAUCCGGUAAUGAUAUCUUACCGCUUUGAGGGCUACAACACACUCUACUAUGGUUUGGGCGAACGCUGCCUUAACUCGUUCACUUUCCAACGCUUCUACAUCGACACCAUCCUGCACACCAAGCUGACGUUCUUCGCUGCGAUCUCCGAGAGUCGGCACGGUACCAUCGACAAGCCCAAGCAUAAUAUUAAGUCAAAAAAUGCCAAGAAGACCAGCAAUUGAUUUAGCAUUUACCAUUA